UUGCCUCAGACACUCGCGAACUCUUGAGAACUGUCCAUGCUCGCUGGUGUUUAAGUUAGCAGUUCAAUGGCUUCGAAUAACCUGUGGGCGCUUGAGGGGCCUGUCGCCGAUCAGCUCAUCAUUGAGACCCUGCUACGCGCAGGAGGUGCUAACGCUCUUAACGCCAAGGGCCCGGCCAACUGGACCAUCCUGCACAUGGCUGCCUACGGCGGCCGUCACCAGGUCGUGGCGACGCUGCUAGAAAAGGGCGCGCACGUGGACGCCGUGAUUGAUAAAGCUGGCUGGGCGCCCCUGCAUUGCGCCUCUGUGGCUGGUCAUGCUAGGGUGGUCCAGCUGCUGUUGCUGUCCGGAGCGGACGCGCAUGCCCGAGACAAGAAAAGCCGGACGCCGCUUCACCUCGCCUGCAAACACGGCCAUGCGGAGGUGGUGAAGCUGCUGCUGGCCGCCGGCGCCAAGCUGGAAGCAGAUGAUGAGGCUGGUUUGACGCUGCUGCACCGGGCGGCUAAGGACGGCCACGCGCGGGUGGUUCAGGCGCUGCUGGCGGCGGGGGCGGACAUCGAAGCCGGGGACGAGGACGAGGCGACGCCGCUGCAUUACGCCUGUUGGCUCGGCAAUCUGGAGGCUGUGCGGGUGCUGCUGGCGGCCGGGGCGCGGCACGAUGCAAACUGUGAAGGUACGAUGCCGCUGCACUGUGCGGCAGGCGCAGGGCAUGUGGAGGUGGUUAAGCUGCUGCUUGAGGCGGGGGCAGAUAAAAACGCGUUGUCCACGCUCAUGGGCACGCCACUGCAUGCCGCUUGCUACCAGGGGCAUACAGAGGUGGUGGAGGUGCUGGUGGCGGCGAGCGCGGACCUCAACAGCCUAAACAAGGAGCGCCUCACCCCGCUGCACAACACGGCACUGGCUGGCCACACGGAGGUGGCUCGGCUGCUGCUGGCUGCGGGCGCAAAGCACCUGGCGGGCAGGGCGGGCAACACGGCUCUCCACUUGGCCUGCUCGGCGGGAGGAAAGGUCGAGGUGGUGGAUCUGUUGCUUUCCACGGGUGCUGACAAGGACGCCCGAAACGCGUUCGGCCUAACGCCACUGCAUGUGGCCAGCCGGUGGGACCAACCAAAGGUGGUGGAGGUGCUGGUGGCGGCCGGUGCCGACACACACGCCACCUGCGACCGGGACGCACCGGGGCUGCUGCCGCGGUCUCCACCCUCAGCCGCAGCGGGCGGCGGGGUUGUGGCUGCCGCUGGGCAGCCGCGGGAGCAGGGGGUGGUGGAGCUGCUGCUUGGGGCGCUGGGGCACAAGGCGGCGGUGGCGGCGGGGCCCGAGAAGGACGGCUGGACGCCGCUGCAUGUCGCCUGCUUCAUGGCACACACCGGGGUGGUCCAGGUGCUGCUGGCAGCGGGUGCGGGUGCGGGUGCCAGCACGAGCGAGCGACAUGCCAGCAGCGGCUGCAACGAGAUCCGGCCCGCCGCCGUCAGCAGGGCGGCGGGAAAGGCGGCUGUAGCAGCAGCACCACCACCACCACCACCAGCAACAGCAGCACCAAUAGGAGCGGAAGGCAAGGAGGGAGAGAGGAGGGGAGACGAGAUGGAUAAACGAGAUCCAGUGGCGCUUUCGGCGGUUAGCCGCUGCUCGGCCCCUGGUCCGGCGGUUUGUCCGGCGGUUGGGGAGAAGCGGCGGCACCAGGGCGCGGAGGCGGCGGCCCAGCAGGAGGAGGAAGGCAUGAGCCGCAGCAGCAGCCGCAGGCUGGCGUAGGCGGAUGCUGGGGGGAGGCGGGCACGCCGGCGACGACAGGUGUGGUCCUUGAUGUAUGGGAGGCCUCGUGUCUGUUCGUGUCAGUGCAGAUGUCCGGUGCUAUCACUAAGAUCUUGGCGGACACCUGUGCACUUGCCAGCGCCGUCUGGAAAGCAGUCUAGAGCAGUCUAGGGCAGUCUAGGGCAGUUUGGCAAGUGCCCAGAUGUCCGCUAUGAUGUCCAGCUGACACACGAGUGCCAUAACUGCCAUUGUAACAGAGGACAAUU